AUGCUCUCCGCCUUUACAGCCCGUCCUAUCAUAGAGCUGCGGCAGCGGGACAAGUCAAAGAUCGAGACGAUCCUUGCGUAUGGCGACCGCAUCCUCGUCGGGCUCAACAACGGCGCCCUUCGCAUCUACCGCCUCAACGAACUUCCCGCUAAUGGCUCUUCGACGCCUCCACACACCGCAAAUGCGACUCCUCCGCAGAACGGCGACCACGCCCCCGCGGAUUCGGUAGCCAAGCCGACAGAUUUACUGCGCGAGGUGGAACGGUUCUCGACGCGGGCGGUAGAGCAGCUGGCCAUCGUCAAGGAGGCAAACACAAUCGUAUCCCUGUCCAACUACCACGUAUCGCUCCACGACCUGCAGUCCUACGACCUCAUUGAGACCCUUUCGCGAACCAAGAAUGCGUCGUGCUUUGCCAUCACGUCCAAUAUCGUCAGGGACCCCGACACGGGUGUCCCUGAAAUCAUCAGUCGGCUGGCUGUUGCUGUCAAGCGGCGGCUCCUGCUAUGGAGCUGGCAUGAGAGCGAGCUCAGUAACGAGGUCUCGGAAGUGGUCCUUUCCGAAUCGAUCCGAUCAAUCACAUGGGCGAGCGCGACGAAAAUCGUUUGCGGCAUGAACGCAGGCUAUGUCAUUGUCGAUGCCAUGACAGAGCAGGUCGAGGAUAUUGUAAGCCCGGGUACGGUUGGAGUGUCUGGCCAAGGCAGCCGAUUUGGAGCUGUGAGCAGCGCAGGAAUGGGAUACAUGGGUCUAGGGAGCUAUAUACCCAAGCCACUAGCUGCCAAGUUGGCAGAUGGGGAAAUGCUUCUUGCCAAAGAUAUCAAUACGCUGUUCGUCAAUGACGAGGGUAAGGCCUUAGAGAAGAGGCAGAUACCGUGGCAAUCUGCCCCUGAAUCCAUCGGGUAUUCGUACCCGUAUAUCGUUGCACUGCAGCCUCCUUCCAAGGGCUCUCUUGAGGUCCGGAAUCCCGAUACUUUGUCUCUCCUGCAGACGAUUACGCUACCUGGAGCUGCCCAGCUACAUUUUCCUCCGCCUGGUGUAAGCCUAGCUCAUGCCGGCAAAGGAUUCCACAUCUCGAGUGACCGCUGCGUGUGGAAAAUGGGAGCCACAGACUAUGACUCUCAAAUUGGGGAGCUCAUUGAGAGUGGCAAGUUUGAUGAAGCGAUUAGCAUACUGCAAAUGCUCGAGGAUGCUCUCUUAAAGAACAAGGCAGAGACUCUGCGAGAGGUCAAGAUGUUGAAGGCAGAGAGUCUGUUCAAGCAGAAGAAGUAUCGACAGUCGAUGGACCUGAUGAAUGAAGACGAUGUCCAUGCACCACCAGAACGAGUCCUGAGGAUGUAUCCUGUUCUCAUUGCAGGAGAAUUAUCCAGGUGGGCGAACUAUGAGGAAACUCCAGAGAAUACCGAAGCAAGUCCGAAAAAGAUCAAUGGAACGAGAUCAAAUAGCCCAGAAAUGACCAACGAGCCCAUCGGGUCGCCCACCGCUGUGGGAGGAUUUGCCAAAUACUUCAAGGGGUCGCAGCGGAAGCCAGCCGAGGUCGCUUCCAUCAUCUCGAAAAAGGAUGGGGAAACCGAGGAUUCAGACAACGCCAAAGAAGCACCAGUGCCAGAAGACAAGCCACUUUCGGGCAAAGAGCUCACAAAGGCCGUCUUGGAGCUGAACAGCUACCUUGCUGGGACUCGCGCUCGCCUCCAGCGUGUCAUUGAUCCUGUGACUGGCAAAUUGAAGCCGCGAACAGACCAGCCUAGCUCGGCGGAAGAGGCGGAAGACCGACUCCUGAAGCUGACCAUGAAUGAGUCUGACAAGGAACGCGAGCAAAAGCUACGCGAAACUUUCCGCCUGGUUGAUACCACUCUCUUCCGUGCCUACAUGUUCUCGCAGCCCUCGCUUGCGGGCUCUCUGUUUCGCAUUCCCAACUUUUGCGACCCAGACGUUGUCAAUGAGAAGCUGCUGGAACACAAUCGCUACACAGAGCUAAUUGACUUCUUCCACGGCAAGAAAUUGCACAAGUCGGCACUGGACUUAUUGCACAAGUUCGGCGCUGCACCAAAGCCGAACGAAGCAGCGCCAGCUUUGCACGGCCCAGAUCGGACUAUACAAUACCUGCAAAGCCUUCCACCCUCCGAAAUCGACCUUAUCCUUGAGCAUGCCAAAUGGACCUUGAAGGCGAAUCCAGAAUAUGCCAUGGAGAUAUUCAUAGGCGACACGGAGAAUGCGGAGACCCUACCGCGCGAGAAAGUCUUGCCUUAUUUACAAGACCUAGAUAUGAAGCUUGAGAGGCAAUACUUGGAACACAUCAUCAUGGAACUCGACGACAGCACGGCGGAUUUCCACAAUCGCCUUGUCGAGCUCUACGUUUCAAGUCUGAGUAAUAGUGAGAGGGGCCAUGAUUGGGAUGACCUUGAAGAGAGAUUUGUCAAGUUCCUGCGAGAAUCUCGACAAGUCUACAGUCUCACCAAGGCAUUUGCUUUGAUCCCCAAAGAUGAACCCGCAUUCUAUGAAGCGCAAGCCGUCGUCCUAAGCAACAUGGGACAGCAUAGGCAAUCACUCGAGAUUUAUGUCUUCAAAAUGAAAGACUACGUCAAGGCAGAAGACUAUUGUAACCGUGCACACAGAUUGCAAGCCCCAUCUACAACCCCCUCGGAUGAUUCGGACGAGUCCGUGUCGUCUGUAUACCAUACAUUACUUUCUCUAUACCUUCAGCCACCUCCACCCCACAAGCCAAAUUUCGAACCAGCACUGGAUUUGCUUUCCAAGCACGGCUCUCGCCUCCCCGCCACAUCAACUCUUGGCCUAAUUCCAAACGAUCUUCCUGUCAGUUCUCUCGAAGCAUAUUUCCGCGGGAGAAUACGGGCCGCGAACAGCCUUGUCAACGAGUCCCGGAUCGUGGCUGGUUUGCGCAAAGCAGAGGGUAUAGCCGUGGCCGCCGAAUUACAGCUGGGAGACGGCAAGCCUGGAGGGCAGGGUGGUAGGAACCGCCAUGUCAUCAUCACAGAUGAGAGGCAUUGCGUCGUCUGCCACAAGAAGUUGGCUGGCGGGAUGCGAAUGGGUGGGAGCGUGGUGGCCGUUUUGACAGACAACACGGUGGUCCAUUAUGGCUGUUUGAGCAGAGCAACGGGCUCCAAAGCGGAUGGUUUGAGGAAGCCCAGCUGGGCUAGAGGCUAUUAG